AUGCACUGCUCCCUUUCGUCGCUGCUGCCUGGCCUACUCCUGGUCAAAGAUGUGGUGGCCGUUCCCUACUCCGACUAUGUUCUUGCACCCUCCAGUCGCACUCUCAUUCCCCAGACUGUCUAUCAAUCGUUUGGCUCGGUGGUGGAUCCUCAGAGUCUCUGCGAUGGGUCUGAGUCCACGACCGUCUUCGUCGGAACAUCUUCUGUCACAUACGACUUUGGAAAGAAUAUCGCGGGGAUUGUGACCCUCGAGAUAGAGCCUCCCUCGUCGGUCAACGCUCGGCUUGGCCUAACCUUCUCGGAGUCGUCCUUAUGGAUCAGCAACCUCUCCAGUGAUGCCACAGCUGACUUGGGGCUUGAUGCAACCUUGUGGUUCAAUUUAAGCUCCGAUCAAGAUACAUACCGCUCCGUACCAGCGCAGGGAAGGGGUGGCUUUCGGUACCUCAGUAUCGUGAGCAAUGGAACUGACAAGGUGGUUGUUCGCUCGGUGUCUGUGAACUUCACCGCAGCUCCAACCCAGGACUUGCGGAGCUACACAGGCUUCUUUCAUUGCAAUGAUGAGCUUGUCAACCGCAUAUGGUACGCUGGUGCAUAUACCACCCAACUCGCGACCAUUGAUCCGAGGUAUGGAAAUUCUCUGGACGUACUGGUUACGUGGCCUCCAGCCGUGCCAUCCAUGUACACGGAUUGGUUCAGUAACUUUACAAUCACCAACGGCACCACGGCUCUGACGGACGGGGGAAAGAGAGACCGCUUGGUCUGGGCUGGCGAUAUGUCGAUUGCAUUGGAGACGGCUAUUGUGAGCACUUACGACUUGCCAAGCAUUCGAAACUCGCUGGAGGCCCUCUUUGUCCUACAAACCGCGGAUGGGAGAUUCCCUUACGCCUCGCGUCCAUUCCCCGACCGCGAGAGUUUCACGUACCACCUGCACACCUUGAUCAAUGCGGGCAACUACUACCGUUACUCGGGAGACGUUGUCUGGCUUGCCAAAUACUGGCCCAAAAUUAGGCUUGGCGUUGCUUGGGCCCUUGGAAGUGUAGAUGAUACUGGCUUGGCAUUUGUCUCUGCGAAUGCCAGCUCCGAUUGGCUUCGAGCCGGCAUGAGUGGACAUAACGUUGAAGCCAACGCGAUGCUAUACUUUGUGCUUCAGCAGGGAGUUCACUUGGCUGUCGUAAUGAGGGAUCGACCCAGCAUUGCCACUUGGACAUCGCAAGCAAAGGCUCUCAAGCUCGCUGCGACGAAUCUUUUGUGGGACGAGGCCAUUGGAAUGUUCCGUGACAACGAAACUGCGACAGUGCAUCCUCAGGAUGGCAAUGCGUGGGCAGUCAAAGCAAAUCUUACGCUUUCCGCAUCACAACGGGAGCGCAUAUCCUCCGCUCUGCAAGCCCGCUGGGGUCCCUACGGUGCCCCUGCCCCAGAAGCUGGGCCGUCAACAAUCUCUCCGUUCAUCGGCGGGUUUGAGCUGCAAGCACACUAUCUUGCAGGCCGUAAUCACGCAGCACUGGAACUGAUCCGCCGGCAAUGGGGGUUCAUGCUCCAAGAUCCUCGAAUGACCAACUCAACCUUCAUCGAGGGCUACUCCACGGAUGGAACCCUGCACUAUGCGCCCUACAGCAAUGACGCUCGCGUGUCUCACUCUCAUGCCUGGUCAUCCGGUCCGACAUCGGCUUUGAUUUUCUUCACUGCAGGAAUCCAAGUGUCGGACGGUGGUGCCUCGUGGAUGAUUGCCCCUCAGCCUGGUGAUCUCGCAAUGGUGGAUGCAGGAUUCUCAACUUCGCUCGGCAGCUUUUCGGUAUCCUUCAAACGUGCUAGUGACGGAUCAUACACUCACUUUGAGAUCAAAGCACCGAAAGGGUCGCUUGGUAAGGUGCAAAUCCCCAGUGAGACUGGGGUCUUAGUUUCUUCAUCAGGCCAGCGUGCUCGGUUGGCCAAUGGUGUGGCUUCUGGACUUCAUGGAGGCAAGUGGUCUCUCUUGUGCAAGUGA